CGGGCGCGCGCGAGCGUCUUGGAGGCGGCGGGAAGCGCGGGGGUCUUCGGCCAUGUCCCUUUCCUGCUUCUUUAACCCUCUUCAUGGUUGUUUAUUGCAUGCUAAUGGCCAUGGGGAAGUGUGGACAGAUUGGAACAGUACAUCCAAGUUUUUCCAGUAUGGCUGGAGGUGCACCACCAAUGAGGACUCUUACGCCAACAAAACCCUGCUGGGGAACUGGAAUGAGGAGCGCUAUGACAUUCGCAGAGUGCUGCAGCCCCAGCCUCUCCCUUCCCAGUAUGCUCACUACUUCGAGUCCACCUACUCGUCAGACUACUCCAAGGAAAAACCUCACAGUACCAGAAGAGUUGCACGGGAACCUCACUGGUUCCCUGGACACCAGCCUGAGCUACAGCCUCCUGCAAUCAAGCCAACUGCUCGGUCGUGCUACAUGAUCGAUUAUGAGCCUCCGUACGGCAGGGGAGCCCAUUUCCCUGUGGAUAAGAAAACCAAGGAAGCAGAAGGGGUGCAGCUGAAGCAGUAAGAUGACCAGGGUGCUUUCCUCAGCCGCAGGACCACCUGAGAGGCCUGCUUCGAAGGCUCCAUCGCGCCCUCCCCUUCCCAGUCCACCUACUGGAAAGCUCGGCAGCCAUUCAGUGAAUCUCAGAUGGCGUCCUAAAUAAAAGAAUGUGUCCCAGAGUGAA